GGGUGUGCUUCCGGAGAGCGGGAAGGCUGAAACGCGGCGGCCAGGCUGCAGUCAAAGAGUUGCAAGGUUCUAGGCGGAGACCGCUGAAGCCAUGGACAGGAGUGGCUUCGGGGGGAUGUCAUCCCCUGUGAUCCGGGAUGCGGAGGUGACGAGGACUGCCCGGAAGCACAGUGCUCACAAAAGAGUUCUAAUUCAGGCCAACCAAGAGGACAAUUUUGGUACUGCUACACCAAGAAGCCAGAUCAUUCCUCGAACGCCAAGCUCCUUUCGACAGCCUUUUGUUACUCCAUCGAGCCGAAGCCUACUGAGACACCCGGAUAUUUCCUACAUUCUUGGAACGGAAGGGAGGUCUCCCCGGCACACACAGUCUUCUGGGUACUUGGGAAAUCUUUCUAUGGUGACUAAUCUUGAUGACAGCAACUGGGCAGCUGCAUUCUCAUCCCAGCGUUUAGGGCUCUACACAAACACAGAGCAUCAUAGUAUGACCGAGGAUGUGAACCUAAGUACUGUCAUGCUACGGGAAGACGACCCUGGAGAGGCUGCAUCCAUGAGCAUGUUCUCUGAUUUCCUGCACUCUUUCUUGAAGCACUCUUCAACCACAGUCUUUGAUCUCGUAGAAGAAUAUGAAAAUAUUUGUGGUAGUCAGGUGAAUAUCCUCAGUAAAAUAGUGAGCCGCGCAACGCCUGGACUGCAGAAGUUUUCCAAGACGGCCAGUAUGCUCUGGCUUCUCCAACAGGAGAUGGUCACAUGGAGGCUGCUCGCCUCUUUGUACAGAGACAGAAUACAGUCUUCAUUAGAAGAGGAAAAUAUGUUUGCAAUUGCUGGUAUUAAUGCCAGCGAGAAGAUGGUUGUGGAAACGCUGUUUCAGAGGGACUCACUGGUCCGGCAGAGCCAGUUGGUGGUAGAUUGGCUAGAGAGUAUUGCCAAAGAUGAAAUCGGAGAAUUCUCGGACAAUAUUGAGUUUUAUGCAAAAUCAGUGUAUUGGGAAAAUACCCUCCACUCCUUAAAGCAGCGGCAGCUACUGUCUCACAUGGGAAGUACCCGGCCUCUGGUCACCGAACUGUGGGGGCUGUUUUUCACAGGACCCAGACGCUCCCAUUAGACAGAAGUUGCCACUCGACGAUCUGGACAGAGAGGACGAGGUCAGACUGCUGAAGUACCUCUUCACGCUCAUCCGUGCUGGCAUGACAGAGGAGGCACAACGGCUCUGUAAACGGUGUGGGCAAGCAUGGCGAGCUGCAACCCUGGAAGGCUGGAAACUGUACCAUGACCCUAAUGUUAAUGGAGGGACAGAGCUAGAACCUGUUGAAGGGAAUCCAUAUAGACGCAUCUGGAAGAUUAGUUGCUGGAGAAUGGCUGAAGAUGAACUUUUUAAUAAAUAUGAAAGAGCGAUUUACGCGGCACUGAGUGGGAACCUUAAGCAGCUCCUUCCAGUCUGUGACACGUGGGAAGACACGGUGUGGGCCUACUUCCGGGUGAUGGUGGAUAGCCUGGUGGAGCAGGAGAUUCGGACAUCAGUAAUGACGCAGGAUGACAGUGAGGAGCUCCCUCGAGAGUACAUGGAAGCCAAUUGGACCUUAGAAAAAGUUUUUGAAGAACUUCAAGCCACUGAUAAAAAGAGAGUUCUGGAGGAGAAUCAAGAGCAUUACCAUAUAGUUCAGAAAUUCCUUAUCCUGGGAGACGUUGAUGGUUUGAUGGAUGAAUUUAGCAAAUGGCUGUCCAAGAGCGGAAGCAGUCUGCCCGGACACCUGCUCCGCUUCAUGACACACCUCAUUCUGUUUCUCCGCACCCUAGGCCUCCAGACCAAGGAAGAAGUUUCCAUUGAAGUUCUAAAAACAUAUAUACAGCUGUUAAUAAGCGAGAAGCACACAAGCCUCAUAGCGUUCUAUACCUGUCAUCUGCCUCAAGACCUCGCCGUGGCCCAGUAUGCCUUAUUUUUGGAAGGUGUUACGGAAUUUGAGCAGCGGCACCAGUGCCUAGAGCUGGCUAAGGAAGCAGACUUGGAUGUUGCGACGAUAACGAAAACUGUAGUUGAGAAUAUUUGCAAGAAAGAUAAUGGUGAAUUUAGUCACCAUGACCUGGCUCCAUCCCUAGACACUGGCACUACUGAGGAGGACCGCCUGAAGAUUGAUGUGAUCGACUGGCUCGUGUUUGACCCGGCACAGAGAGCGGAAGCCCUGAGGCAAGGCAACGCCAUCAUGAGGAAGUUCUUAGCAUUAAAGAAACAUGAAGCUGCAAAAGAAGUGUUUGUGAAAAUUCCUCAGGAUUCCAUCGCAGAGAUCUAUAAUCAGUGGGAGGAGCAAGGCAUGGAGAGCCCUCUUCCUGCCGAGGAUGAUAACGCCAUCCGAGAGCAUUUGUGUAUCAGAGCCUAUCUGGAAGCCCAUGAAACCUUCAACGAAUGGUUUAAACAUAUGAAUUCGGCUCCACAGAAACCUACAUUACUAUCUCAAGCAACUUUUACAGAGAAAGUGGCUUAUGAACACAGAGAAAAGAAAUACGAGAUGGAUCAUAAUAUUUGGAAAGGACAUUUGGAUGCCCUAACUGCUGAUGUGAAGGAGAAAAUGUACAACGUCUUGUUGUUUGUUGAUGGAGGAUGGAUGGUGGAUGUCAGAGAGGACGCCGAGGACGACCCUGAGCGGACGCAUCAGAUGGUUUUACUGAGGAAGCUCUGUCUCCCCAUGCUGUGCUUCCUGCUUCACACCAUACUGCACAGCACCGGACAGUACCAGGAGUGCCUGCAGCUGGCCGACAUGGUGUCCUCUGAGCGCCACAAGCUCUAUCUGGUGUUUUCUAAGGAAGAACUAAGGAAACUGCUGCAGAAGUUAAGGGAGUCCUCUCUAAUGCUCCUAGACCAGGGGCUCGACCCGCUUGGCUAUGAAAUUCAGUCAUAACUCACCAUUCUCUGAUGCCCAUGACUAGAGGAGGAUGCUUGCUUGCUUCGUUGAGUUGCUUGGUUGGUUGGUUUUGGUCAAAUAUACGUAUUUGUAAUUAUUGGUUUGUUUGUUUGUUUGUUUUUCCUUUGGCAUUCUUGGGGAAAAUGUAAAAUUCAGGCAUUUGGAUUUUGUAUUAUAUCAGUAUUUCCUUAUGUAUUUUUUAAAUAAAUUAUACAAAAUAAAUUUUUUGUUCUAUA